AGGUUAUGUAUUGCAACCUGAUUGAAUGAGAUCGAUGAUAACUUCACGUGGUUUACAUUUUUUUGUACUUUUUUUUUAUUUUUGUUUUAUUUUCCUGGAAGACAGGAAAUUGUUAAGUAUUUCAAAGAUUAUCCAUCAAUUUUGUUAAGUAACAAUAUUCAGAAUACAUUCCAAUAUCGUAGGAAAUAAUACAAGGCAAAAAUAACAAAAAUUUUAAAGAUGAAAUUUUUGGGAAAAGUUGUUUUAAUAACUGGUGCCAGUUCUGGAAUUGGGUCAGCAACAGCAAUUUAUUUGUCAGAAUUAGGAGCAUCAUUGGCAUUAACAGGACGUAAUCUUAACAAUUUGCAAGAUGUCGCAAAUAAAUGUAAAGAACCAAAGCCAUUCAUUAUCACUGGUGAGAUAACAAAUGAAAAUGAUGUUAAAAAUAUCUUAGAUUCUACAAUCAAACAUUAUGGCAAAUUAGAUGUUUUAAUUAACAAUGCCGGAACAUUGGAAAGCGGUAGCAUUGAAAACACGAGUUUGGAACAAUAUGAUAGAGUUUUCAACACGAAUGUCCGUUCAAUAUAUCAACUGACAAUGUUAGCUGUUCCUUAUUUAAUAAAAACCAAGGGAAACAUUGUUAACGUUUCGAGUGUUAAUGGUAUAAGAUCAUUUCCAGGUGUUUUAUCAUAUUGUAUGAGUAAAUCGGCUGUUGAUCAAUUAACAAGAUGUGUGGCUCUGGAACUUGCAUCAAAACAGGUACGUGUGAAUUCUGUAAAUCCUGGAGUGACAAUAACACAAUUACACAAAAGAAGUGGUAUGUCCGAUGAAGAAUUGAAAAAUUUCUUUGAAAAAGCUAAAGCCACCCAUGCUUUAGGUCGUCCUGGAGACGUGUCCGAGGUGGCAAAAUCAAUUGCAUUUUUAGCUAGUGACGAUGCUAGUUUUAUCACUGGUGAAAAUUUGCCAGUAGAUGGUGGAAGACACGUUAUGUGCCCUCGCUAAAUACCUGUCUUUAAACAAGAAAAAAUAAGAAAUUUGUGACUUCAAUUAGAAAUAUCGUUUAUAUUUUUUUAAUCAUAUCGAACAAUUUCGAGAUUUUUAAAUAUACGAAAUGUAGUAGAUUUAAUAAUUAAUAAUAAUAUUAUCAGAGGUA